AUGCCUCUUGCCGACAUUGCCGAUGUGGAUAUUGACUCGAAAGGAGUCUUCAAGUACAUUCUCAUUCAGGUGACGGAUACCGAAACGAAAGAGAAGAAGUUCGUGGUCCGCGGUUACUAUCGAUGCACUUUUCAUGACGAUAUUCUCCAGGAGACCAAGUCUUCUGCUCCAUCCGGACUCAAGUUGAAAUGUGUUGGUGGUGGACGAAUCAAGCACGUUGAUUCAGGCAAAGAUCUUCUGGUUUAUGGAUACUCGCAAGGAUACGGACGUGCGGAUCAUCAGGUUGCAGUGGAUAUUCUGAAGCAGAAGUAUCCCGAUUAUCACAUCCAUUUCUCCAAUGAUGGAUAUUAA